AUGAACAAAGUUUUGAAAUCUCAUAAACACAAUAUCUCCGAUAUAAAUGAACUUCAAGCUACAUUAAAUAGUAAAGCGGACAAGAACCAUGUUCAUUAUAUAACUUCAGACGAACAGAUUAUAACGGACUACCAUGGAUAUUUAACACGAAGUGAUGAAGCGAAGACAAAAAAUGUUAAUGAAAGAAGAUAUAAAUACAUUCGUGCUAAAGGUUAUGACAUAAGCUGUACUGUACAGUAUGAUGUAGCUAAAGCACCAGAAGCAUUUGGUUAUACCGGUGAAAUUUAUGCCUCUACUUUCAAUGUUAACGGUGUAUUAGUUGAACCAAGAUUUAUGUUAAGAGUUAAGGCAAAAAUAACUUUUGAAGAUGCUAUUAAAAGUAAAGCUGACAAAAAUGAACUUGACGCAACGAACAAAGUUUUGAAAUCUCAUAAACACAGCAUCUCCGAUAUAAAUGAACUUCAAGCUACAUUAGACAGUAAAGCAGACAAGAACCAUACACAUAAAUCCUUCACUACUGUUAGAGCUGAUGACAUAAUAUUGAACUUUGACCUUGGUUCAAGUGCACCUUUAGAGAAUCCAAGUACAAGCGUAAAAGAUACUCUUAACAAUUUAGAUAAGAGUUGCAGGAAUAUCGAAGAUCAUGCCAGAAACUUUGAAGCAUAUGAACUACCAACAAUGUUAGAUAAGAAAGCAGACAAAACAGAGCUUCAAACAUUAAAGACAGAAAUACUUCAAACAUUAUAUCCCAUUGGUUCUAUUUAUACGUCAAUGAACUCAACAAAUCCAGAAACAGUUUUAGGUUUUGGUACAUGGCAGCAGAUUGUAGACAAAUUCUUAUACUGUGCUAACUCUCUUAUAUACGAAAAAAAGAGAUCUGACAUUGUGUCAGAUCUCAGUAAAAGUGACAUUUACAUGUCAAAAAAAUAG